AAACCAUGUCACCCAUGUGCUUGGAGCAACAACUGACGUGUAAUUAUGGAAGAAAAUGCCACAUGUAGUAUCCGCGGUUGCUCCGGAAAAUAAGCCACCCCGGCAAAGCCAUGUGCAAAGGAGUUAAUAAUAAUGUUUUUGUUUUCUCAUGCCUUUAUUUCGUGACCAAUGAUUUCACACCCAUCUGAGCCUAGGAAUUUGUGAUAAUGGAGCCAGAAACAGCAAAGCUUGGAUCCUCUCUUCUUGUUGAUUCUGUGAAAGAACUAGCAAAGAAGGCACUAAUCGAAGUUCCUGAGAGAUACGUUCAUCCAAACAUUGACCCUCCAAUUUUAGUCAACACAGACUCUUUAUUGCCACAGCUCCCUAUCAUCGAGCUACACAAGUUAUUGUCUGAAGAUCUGAAGGAACUGGAAAAGCUAGACUUUGCAUGCAAAGAUUGGGGCUUUUUUCAGCUUGUUAAUCACGGAGUUGGCAUCAAAUUGGUGGAAAAUAUAAAGAAAGGUGCACAAGAACUCUUCAACCUUUCAAUGGAAGAGAAGAAAAAGCUUUGGCAGAAACCAGGAGACACGGAGGGGUUUGGUCAAAUGUUUGGUUCUAAAGAGGGGCCAUCAGAUUGGGUAGAUUUGUUUUACAUUUUCACACUUCCAUCCCAUUUAAGGAAGCCCCACCUAUUCCCUAAUAUACCACUGUCAUUCAGGGAAAAUUUAGAGGAUUAUUGUAUAAAGAUGAGACACCUUGCCAUCAACAUUUUUGCUCUUAUAGGGAAAGCUCUUGGUAUAGAACUAAAGGAUAUUAAAAAGUCAUUAGGUGAAGGAGGCCAAUCAAUAAGGAUCAACUACUAUCCUCCUUGUCCCCAACCAGAAAAUGUCCUUGGCCUAAAUGCUCACACUGACGGAUCUGCCCUCACCAUCCUUCUCCAAGGCAAUGAAGUGGUAGGCCUCCAAGUUAAAAAAAAUGAAACUUGGGUUCCUGUUAAACCCCUCUCAAAUGCUUUCAUCGUUAGUCUCGGAGAUGUUUUGGAGGUAAUGACAAAUGGAAUAUAUAGGAGCACCAUGCAUCGAGCAGUGGUCAACUCACAGAAAGAGAGAUUAUCCAUAGCUACAUUUUAUGGCCCAGGAUGGAGUGGAAACAUAGGUCCAGCACCAACUCUUGUUACUCCAGAAAGACCGGCUUUGUUCAAAACAAUUGGCGUGGAAGAUUUCUACAAGGGAUACCUUUCACCUGAGCAUCUUGGGAAACCAAAAUCAUAUAUAAAUGAUGUUUUGAGGACCCAAAAUGGGCAUGUCAAAGGCCUAACUCCUAGCUAGAAUUGAAUUUGCUUAAUGUCAUUGAGGGAGACGUAUACUAAACCCUCACGAGAUAAUAAUGACUUCGUUUCAAAUACUAUAUAUGUAGUUCUUUGUCACAAGAUUUGGAUUGAAGUAUAUACAUAUAAGUGCUCGGCAUGUGAUAGGAUGUUAUAAUCAAAUUACAUGCAAUAAGGUUAGCAUAUAAAAAAAAAUGCAAUAAGGUUAGAAGAGUUAUGAAAUGUUUCUAGUGAGAAAGGCAUGGCUUAAUGCUCAUUCAAAACUAUCAAUGGUGUGAUACUCGUUAAUGGACAUGGUUAUAGGAGACCAGUGAUUAGAAAACCACUUAA